AUGCCUCCGGACACGAUGGCGCUGAAGCUGGCGCCGUGCGCGUCGGCGGCGGAGGACCCCAGCUCCGUGCCGUCCAGCUCCUGCUGCAGCGCGGUGCACAGCAUCGGGAAGCAGAGCCCCAAGUGCCUCUGCGCCGUCAUGCUGUCCAACACCGCCAAGAGCGCCGGGAUCAAGGCCGAGGUCGCCAUCACCAUCCCCAAACGCUGCAACCUCGUCGACCGCCCCGUCGGCUACAAGUGCGGAGAUUACACUCUGCCGUGA